AGUGUUACAGCAACCUCAGGGCAAUGUUAGAAGCACCCAGUACGCAGCUAACUGCUCGUAAAGGAGUUAAAACAGGACAGGGGGGCCCAGGGAGCCUCCUCUCUGGGACAAGAGCAGAGCUCGGCGGCUGCCCGGGACGGGAGCCAACGCUGGGCCAGGCGCACGCAGCUCCGCCAGCAGCGGCAGGGCUGAGGCAGCUCUCACGGCCAGCCCGGCCUCUCCACUCCAGCAGUUCACUCGUGCUUCUUGAACAGCCCACGUGUGUGUGUGGGACCACGCUUGGGCUGGCACGUCGGCCAGCGCCAGCUCUGAGAAGUGCCAGCUUAGCGCCAGCUGCCGCGUCAGACCGAAAUAGCCUGUCCUCAGGAGCCCUCCCAGGUACCCAGACCGCUGCGGCCUCAGGAGCUCUGUACAGCCCAGGCUGUCCUUGCCGAUAGGAGCAGGGCGGCCUUUAGCCUCUGGUUUGCACUCGGUUAAUUUUUGGCACGUUAGCACAUUAAAGCCUGCUGUGCCCCUGUCUUGCAGCAGUGAGUGCUGGAACCACGGCUUGACAGGUGCCUGUUGGGGCUGGGAUCCUGCGGGCUCCAGCAGCGCCCUCCUGCUCGCCCUCCUGCCAUAUUUUGCAGCACUGGGACCGACUGCCAGCAAACGGCCUGCGAAGAUCCCACCUGAACUGGGAAGAUUUGCGGUGAAACCCGAACCGCCGCUGAGCUGCAGCUCCCCUUUCUCCCCCGGCCACGGAGAGGUGCCUGUCCCCGCCAGCUCUGUGCCCUGGAGAUGGCGGCACCCAAGGUGGCAGUGGUGGGCGCAGGGCUCAUCGGCCUGUCCACAGCGCUCUGCAUCUCUGAGGCUUUCCCCAGCUGCCGCCUCAGCGUCCUUUCGGAGCAGUUCAGCCCCAACACGACGGGCGAUGUGGCAGCCGGGAUGCUCAUCCCUCACACUUACCCAGGCACACCGAUCCACGUGCAGAAGCAGUGGUUCAAAGAGACCUUCACGUACCUUUUUGCCAUCGGCAACUCGGCUGAGGCAUCAGAGGCUGGCAUCCACCUGGUCUCUGGCUGGCAGGUGUUUAAAACCCCUCCCAAAGACGAGGUGCCUUUCUGGUCUGACAUCGUCCUGGGGUUUCGACCGAUGUCCGCAGCAGAGCUGCAGAAGUUCCCACAGCACAGAUCCGGCCAGGCCUUCACGACGCUGAAGUGCGACUGCCCACCCUACCUGCUGUGGCUGGAGAAGAGGCUGAGAGCAAACGGUGUCCAGGUGCACACCAGAGAAGUUGCAGACUUAUGGGAGCUGCACAGGGAGUACGACAUUGUGGUCAACUGCACGGGCAUUGGAGCCCACCAGCUCGUGGGGGACCCGGAGCUGCUCCCCGUCAGGGGACAGGUUCUCAAGGUGCACGCUCCUUGGGUGAAACACUUCAUCCGGGAUGGGGACGGCUCGACUUACGUCUACCCGGGGAUACACAGCGUAACCCUGGGGGGAACCAGGGAGAAGGGGAGCUGGAGUCUCUCCCCUGACCCUGGCACUACCCAGGACAUCUUUGACAGAUGUUGCUCUCUUGAGCCCUCCCUGCAGCGAGCUCAGGAUAUCAGGGUGAAGGUGGGCUUAAGGCCAUCCAGGUCGUCUGUGAGACUGCAGAGAGAGGUCCUGAGCCGGGGAGGAGCAAAGCUCCUGGUGGUCCACAGCUACGGGCACGGGGCAGGUGGCUUUUCGGUGCACAGAGGCACAGCCAAAGAGGCCGCCCGCCUGGUGGGAGACUGCAUUGCUGCCCUGCAGGGCUCCUCAUCGAGGGCCAAACUUUGAGUCCCUGAGCCUCCUUUCCCAUUUAUGACAGGCUAAGGUAGCAUUUCCUACUCCUCUGGGCUUUGAUUCCAUCACUGGAGAGAAGAAACCUAAAUCAACAGCUUGUGCCAUUGCAGAUGCUCAGUGGUAUCUCACCUGGCUUCCAGCAGCCCCCUUGGAAAGGUGUGAUAGGUCAAUCCAAGUAUUAGUCCAGCUGUCCAUCUCCUCCAUCUAUUGUUCCUGCCCUGGGGAUUUCUUCUAGCUUUGUACCGAGGAGGAUGCGAGAUACGUAAAUAUCCUUCAUAUAGCAGGAAUCAGAUUGCUUCAGUAUGGUAUAAAUAACAUAGAUUAUUUCUUCGUCUGCCUGGAAAGGCUAUUGGAUGCACUAGGUUCAGAUUCAGUAAAAAAUAGUUCUCUCCUGUUGUACCAAAUCUCAUCUAGUAUUGUCCUCUCUCCUGCCACCUUGCUGACAAACUUUACCGUUAUCCCUAUGAUUUAAAAUAAAAAGGAAACCUGCCUAGGGCUGCAUUACAGUGCUCCAGGUCGGCUCCUGCAGAAAACAAUACUAGGCCACUCAUGCACACCGACCAGACAAGCAUGAUUUUAAGAGCAGGUUAAAUACCUUUUGUAUCUUGACAUUUCUUUGAGAGGAAGUUGCUCAUGUGAACUACAUCAUCUUUCACACUUGUUUGCAACUCUUCUAUUCCAUGUACCACAGAUAUUGCUCUCAAACACAGAUAUUUUCUUCACCCCAACAGCAGCAUUGACAUGCCCUGUAUCCUAAGGAAGAGAAUUUUUCAGGGUGGGCUUGGCAGUGCAAACAUUUCUUUUCUACUUCUCGUCAGCACUUGCAGUUUCCUUGUAACAGCUCAUAUAAAUAAACCAGUGACAAACCAGGAAGAAUCUUAGCACCAACUGCAGUUGCACAGGGGAGAGAAGAGCAAUUUAACUCUAGAUAAACACCGUAAAGACAAAUUUGUCUGUAGCUGGAUGCGAGCAAGCUCCUCUCCUGGAAGGAAGCUGAGCCACAGGAGCCCGGACUCUCACUCCAUGGCAGAAGCUGAGCUGAACUUUACACUCAGUGAUUUAAGCCCUUUGAUGUGUCUGAAGAUACUCCCCAUAAUUCACAGAAUCACACAGCAUCACAGGAUGACUGAGGUGGGCAGGGCCCUCUGGAGGCCACCUGCUCCAACCCCUGCUCAGGCAGGGACACCCAGAGCUGCUUGACCAGGACCAUCUCCAGGGGGCUUUUGAGGAUCUCCAAGGAGGAGACCCCACAGCCUCUCUGGCAGUGCUCAGUCCCCCUCACAGUAAAAUAAAAUAAAAUAAAAUAAAAAAAUUCCUGAUGUUUAAAAGCACUUCAAAUUAGAGCUUGCUGUCAAAGUACAAGAUGAAUAUCUGUUAGUGAUUAAACUGCUCAUUAGACUUUAAAUGGCUUAUUUAAGUGUUAGCACCCACUUUUGAGUAGU